UGCAUACCUGAAAAACUCAGCAUAACAGUUUUCAUUUUUUCGCCCAAAAAUUAUUCAAACAAAAUGAUUCUUUUGAAUAGGAUCACUACCUGUGUGAACAAGAAAUAUAUAACCUCAUUAACUUAUAGUGACGGUAGACUACAGACUCAAACCUAAAAUUCAAGAGUGAAGCAUGCUUGCUAUCGCUAUUCUGUCUCAAAACGAUGAAAACUCAAAAAUGGCAGGAUUUGGACGUUCCUUUGAGCAAACCUGUUCUGAAUACUUUGAAGAAACUAAAUUUUUCAACCAUGACACCUAUACAGGCUGCUUGCAUACCGUUAUUGUUGAAAGGCAAGGAUGUUGCUGCAGAGGCUGUAACGGGUAGUGGUAAGACUCUGGCAUUUUUAAUUCCAAUGCUGGAAAUAUUACAGAAACGUGAAGAUCACUGGAAAAAGCUGGAAAUUGGCGGCAUCGUCAUAUCACCAACAAGAGAGUUAGCAACGCAGAUCUACGAAGUGCUUUCCAACUUCCUGAUCCAUAUUCCAAAUUUAAGGCAAAUACUGCUUGUUGGUGGAACAACUGUUGAAGAAGAUGUGACAAGAUUCAAGAAAGGUGCUAACAUUAUUAUAGCUACCCCUGGAAGACUCGAGGAUAUUCUCUCAAAUUGCAAAGACAUUAAUUUAGCAUCCAGUGUUAAAGCUUUGGAAUUGCUCGUCCUUGAUGAAGCUGAUAGGCUCCUAGACUUAGGUUUCACAGCAACUUUGAACACAAUUUUGAGUUACCUUCCUCGAUUGCGAAGGACUGGUUUAUUUUCAGCCACGCAAACUAAAGAGUUGCAACAAUUAAUUCGAGCAGGCCUGCGGAAUCCAGUUUUGGUUGCUGUCAAAGAGAGAGCGAGCUUCUCUACUCCUCUAGCAUUGAGUAACAAUUACGCAAUAGUCGGUGCAGAUCAUAAGCUUGCUACAAUGUAUAAUUUCAUAAAAGAUAAAGGGAUCGAGUUGAAAUAUAUGAUCUUUUUCUCAACUUGUGCUUGCGUUGACUAUUUCAGUCAUGUCCUUAGAAUGCUCUUCCAAUCCACCAACAUAUUUGCACUCCAUGGAAAAAUGAAAAAUAAAAGGUAUAAAAUUUUCGAGCAAUUCCGUAGUUCUGACAGUGCGUUAUUAUUGUGCACCGAUGUCAUGGCUCGUGGUGUUGAUAUACCGGAAGUCGAUUGGGUCUUACAAUACGAUCCACCAUCAAACGCUAGUAGUUUCGUUCAUAGAUGCGGCCGCACAGCUCGUAUUGGUAAUGAAGGUAAUGCUCUGUUAUUUCUUUUGGAGUCUGAAGAUGCUUACAUCGAUUUUAUUAGACGAAAUCAAAAAGUUGAAUUGAAUAAAGUUGAAUUGAGACCACCAACGAGUGUGGAUAAAUGUUUAAAAGUUAUGAGGAACAUACAGCAGAGUGACAGGCUCAUAUUGGAUAAAGCUAAUAGAGCAUUUGUAUCGUAUAUACAGGCAUAUCAGAAACACGAAUGUAAUCUCAUAUUAAGGUUGAAAGACCUGGACUUAGGAAAAGUUGCCAUGGGCUUUGGGUUGUUGAAAAUGCCCCGGAUGCCCGAACUCAAAAAGCAGAAUACGCAUUCCUUUCAGGAUCCCGAAAUAGAUUUAAAUGUAAUUGCCUAUAAAGAUAAGCAGCGUGAGUCCAAGAGACUAGAAAAAUUGAAGGAGUUCCGUGUAACUGGACUUUGGCCUGGUAAAAAUAAGCGUACUGCUAAACAAACCGAGCCUUGGUCUGAAGCCAAAAAGAAAAAAUUUGAUAAGAAAGAAAGACGUGAUAAACGCAAAGUAAAGAAAGCUCUUACUGGACCGGUUAAAAAAAAACGCAAGAAAAUUUGCCAGGAAGAUAUUGAAGAACUGGCAAAGGACAUUGCAUUGAUCAAGAAACUCAAGAAGAAGAAGAUAUCGCAAGAACAGUUUGAUUCAGAGUUUGGAGUUAAUUGAGGAAGAUUUCAAAUAUCAGCGUUCAAUUAUUAUCAGUUUCUACAGAAGUGCUUGCACCUGGGUGUCCCAUAUUCAACAUAGCUAGAAUCCAUAAGUUCUUAAAUUCAGCUAAAAAUGACGAGACUCCCAUUUUCGAGUAUUCAAAUCAUUCUUAAUACUUAAUCGUUAAUCAUCAGUUAUCUGGUAAUGUCAACUACUCAUCAUCUGCAUAGACUGCUAGAAGUGCUGUAAAUAAAAUGUGCUGCAAUUCUA